AUGGCUUCUGUGAAGUUGACCGCCCCAAAUGGGCGAACAUACCUCCAGCCUACAGGGCUGUUCAUCAACAACCAGUGGAUAAAAUCGUCUGAUGGCGGUAAGAUUGUCAGCAUCAAUCCUACCAACGAAAAGGAAAUCAUCUCAGUGUACGCAGCGACGGCUCAUGAUGUCGAUAGAGCAGUCCAAGCUGCGCGGAAAGCCCUUCAUCACCCAAGUUGGAGGGACUUGCCUGCCUCGGACCGCGGGAAAUGCAUGGUGCGCCUUGCCGAAUUGAUGGAAGCACACCGCGAGACACUGGCAACUAUCGAGACAUGGGACAACGGCAAGCCAUACUCGGUAUCUCUCAACGAGGAUCUCACCGAGGCUAUUGAGACCUUGACGUACUACAGCGGUUUUGCAGACAAGGUAUUCGGCCAGGUGAUCGAGACUACGCCUGAAAAGUUUGCCUAUACAGCCCGCGAACCAGUGGGAGUUUGCGGCCAGAUCAUCCCUUGGAAUUAUCCCCUGGCAAUGGCUGCCUGGAAGCUCGGCCCCGCCUUGGCUUGUGGUAACACUGUCGUCCUCAAGCCGGCGGAGCAAACACCGCUAUCCAUCUUGUAUUUCGCAAAUCUCGUAGUAGAGGCAGGAUUUCCACCUGGUGUGGUCAAUAUCGUCAAUGGCUCUGGAGCUGUCGCAGGCGCAGCUCUUGCAUCCCACAUGGAUGUUGAUAAGAUUGCAUUCACAGGGUCUACCGAGACGGCGAAACGAAUCAUGAAGAUGGCGAGUAAUAACUUGAAGAACAUUACGCUUGAGACGGGUGGCAAGAGUCCACUAAUUGUGUUUGAUGAUGCUGACAUGGACUUGGCUGUCCACUGGGCUCACGCUGGCAUUAUGUCGAAUCAAGGCCAGAUCUGUACCGCGACCUCGAGGAUUCUAGUGCAGGACACUGUCUAUGACAAGUUCCUGGCAGCUUUCCGACAUCAGGUCAUGAAGAUCUCCAAGGUCGGAGAUCCAUUUGAAGAGAGCACCUUUCAGGGACCACAAGUCACCAAGGCACAGUACGAUAGAAUCCUCUCCUACGUCGACAUCGGCAAGAAGGAGGGCGCACGGCUCGAGCUUGGAGGCCAGCCUCACCAAGCUAACGCCCCUGGUUAUUUUAUCGAGCCCACGGUCUUUACUGAGGUCACGCCUCAGAUGAGGAUCUUCAAAGAGGAAGUAUUUGGUCCCUUUGUCGUCAUAUGUCGUUUCCGUUCCGAGGAGGAGGCUAUCGCCCUGGCCAAUGAUUCCGAGUACGGUCUUGGAAGCGCUCUGUUCUCCACAGACCUUGCCCGCGCCCAUACUGUUGCAAAGAGAAUCGAAGCAGGCAUGGUAUGGAUUAACUCGAGUAAUGAUAGUGAUUGGCGAAUUCCAUUCGGUGGGGUCAAACAGAGUGGGAUUGGCAGAGAACUGGGAGAGGCUGGACUGGCUGCUUACUCGAACAUUAAGGCGAUUCACGUCAAUCUAGCCAGACGUUCAAAGUUGUAG